UACCUUCAGGCAGCAAAACACCUCAACGCAUGUCAGGCCAGAAGGACAGUAUAAAAUCAGGAGUCAGCGUACGAACCAGCAGCAUCUCAGAAGAGAGACUAAGCUACAGAAGGCUUAACCACAGCCAUGGAUACUGUCAAACAUCAGAAAAAGAAUACUUCAGCACUCAAAAAAUCUAAGUCUGUGAAGAACAUCAAUCAUUACACAAAUGUACACGGUCUGCCUUCUAUCGAGAAGAUUGUGAGCUCAGUGGAGGACACCCCCAGGCCCAUCAGCACCCAGAUCGUUGGUACAAUCCCAGAAUGGAUCAAAGGAAACUUCCUGAGAAAUGGGCCCGGAAAGUUUGAGAUCGGAAACCACAAAUUUAACCACUGGUUUGAUGGCAUGGCUCUCAUGCACCAGUUCAAAAUAUCAAAUGGGCAAGUGACUUACAAAAGCCGCUUCCUAUCCAGCGACAGCUACCAGACCAACAAGGAGCAUAAUCGCAUUGCUAUAUCUGAGUUUGGGACUGUAACCAUGCCGGACCCCUGUAAAAAUGUCUUCCAGCGCUUCCUGUCAAGAUUUGAAUCACACAAGCCCACAGACAAUGCCAAUGUGAGUUUUGUGACCUACAAAGGUGACUAUUAUGUCAGUACAGAAACCAACAUCAUGCACAAGGUGGACCCUGACACACUGGAGACUGAAAAGGUGGACUGGAGCAAAUUCAUUGCUGUGAAUGGAGCCACAGCACACCCUCAUACUGAGCCUGAUGGUACGACAUACAACAUGGGAAAUUCCUACACCUCGAAAGGAUCAUACUACAACAUUAUCCAAGUGCCACCAACCAAGAAAACAGAAGAUGAAACCCUGGAGGGAGCCACAGUGCUGUGCUCGAUUCCUUCAGUGGACAAGACCAAACCUUCAUACUAUCACAGCUUUGCAAUGUCUGAGAACUACGUGGUGUUCAUUGAACAGCCCAUCAAGCUGGACCUGCUGAAGAUUGUGACAGGCAAGCUAAGAGGAAAAAGUAUCAGUGAUAGCAUAUUGUGGGACCCCAAACUCAACACAAUCUUCCAUCUGAUCCACAAACACUCUGGGAAGGUAAGCUCCAUCAAGUAUCUUGCAAAGCCACUAUCAACCUUCCAUCAGAUCAAUGCAUUUGAGGAGGAUGGAUUCUUGAUCAUAGAUUUGUGUGCAUCAGAUGAUGGCCAGUUUGCCACCAGCAUCAAUUCCCCAGAGCGUGCCAGUAUCCAGCUUGGUUCCUGUAAGGUUGGUGGCCUGGGGAAUCAAAGACACCAUCCGACACGGGGCAAGACCUCCCAGGAGGCAGUUCGUCCCUGCCUCCCCCUGCACCACGGUGCUCCAUUGGAGUCACACGUCCAAGUUCUCAUGUUAUCCCGGCUUGAGUAG